AUGCUUUUCCACAGCUUAGCCGGCUCCGAGAUGCAGGGCGUCAUCGACGAGAUGGACCGGCGGAGCAAAGGAGACGCGCCCGCCAUCACUUCGGUCAUCGACCGUGGUGAAACCGAAACGCACGCUAUGCCGUCGGUCAGCAGCGAACGGGCCGCCCUGUGCGCCGGCUGCGGGGGAAAGAUUUCGGACCGCUACUACCUCCUGGCGGUGGACAAGCAGUGGCACAUGCGUUGUCUGAAGUGUUGCGAGUGUAAACUGAACCUGGAAUCGGAGCUCACCUGCUUCAGCAAAGACGGCAGCAUCUACUGCAAGGAAGACUACUACAGGAGGUUCUCGGUGCAGCGCUGCGCUCGCUGCCACUUGGGCAUCUCCGCCUCGGAGAUGGUGAUGCGCGCCCGGGACUCGGUUUACCACCUGAACUGCUUCACCUGCUCCACCUGCGCCAAGAUGCUCACCACCGGCGACCACUUCGGCAUGAAGGACGGGCUGGUUUACUGCCGCCUGCACUUCGAGGCGCUGCUGCGGGAUGAGUACCAGCUGCACUUCAACCAUGCCGAGGGGGUGGCCGGCAAGGGCCCCGCGCUGGGGGCCGCCGCCCCGCUGGGCCUGCCCUAUUACAACGGCGUGGGCACCGUGCAGAAGGGGCGGCCCAGGAAACGGAAGAGCCCGGGACCCGGCGCCGAGCUGGCUGCCUACAACGCAGAGACGGGCUGGGCCGGGGCCGGGGGCGCUGGGGUGCAGAUCCCGGGCUUCAGGAACGUCUGGUUUCAGAACGCCCGGGCCAAAUUCCGACGGAACCUCUUACGCCAAGAGAACACGGGAGUGGACAAGGCAUCCGAUCCGGCCCUCCAGGCCGGCACCCCCUCCGGACCCGCUUCGGAGAUCUCCAACACUUCCCUGAGCCCCUCCAGGACGCCCACCACCCUCACAGACUUGACGAAUCCUAGCAUGCCUUCCGUGACGUCAGUCCUGAGCUCCGUGUCUGGCGGCUUGGACGUCCACGAAUCCCGCAGCCCUUCACAGACGACGCUGACCAAUCUUUUCUGAUGACCACUCGAUUCCCGGGGUGGCCGGGUGGGUGGCCGGGUGGGCGUUGUCUCCUUCUGAAGGAAAGGAAUUAUCCUUUCGUCCAAUUCCAAAUGGAUUUUUAUUUUUAUUUUUUAAAAACACACACAGACACACGCAAACUCGGGACGUUCCCACCACUGGGUUGGAGAUCCGCCGUGUCAAAUCCAGCCGGGGUCUGAAAGCCACCGUGGAUAUUGGAGGAGUGUGACUUGGAAUGACAGCUGCCCACACAACAUUUGUGUGUCGAUGUACAGUUUUAUGGACCGGGCCAGGGAAAUGGCAAUUAAUUUAAGUUGGCUGAAGCUUGUGUGAUUUUUUCAAAGACUGCCACGUGCCUUAUUUACUCUCCAUUCCUUU